GCCAAAGGGCAGGACCAGCCCCUCUAAAGGCAGCGGUGACAGAGCUCAGGCUCAAUUCUGUCACCGGAACUGCCAGUGGGGAUAUUGGAGCAGACAGGAGCUGAAAGGAGUGGAAGAUCCCCUGGAGCUGAGUGGAACGUGCUGGUGGGAACAGGUUUUGAGUGGACAGGAGCUGACAGGGACCUCUGUCCUUCCUCCCACAGGCUGCUCUGUGCUCCCUGGAAGAUGGAUUACGCCAAAUCCCUGAGCCAGCGCCUGGCUGCCCCCGUUUCCAAAUGUGUCUCUGCCAGUGCCUCCAUGACCCAGCAGCUGCUGGCUGGCCCGGCCCCACCGUCCCGGCCCUACCGCGUGUGCAACUGCGACCGCAGCCUGCGCAAGGGCGUCAUGGCCCCGAGCCUCGCCGAGCUGCUGUGCCAGGCUCAGAGCGCCCUGGCCCUGCCGGCGCCCGUCGUGCUGGUGCUGGAUGAGGAUGGCACCGCCGUGGAGACAGAGUCGUUCUUCCGGACGCUGGAGGAGGGCACGGCGCUGAUGGCCCUGAGCAAGGGACAGACCUGGACUGCCCCCAAGACACGUGGCUACCAGGUGAGUCUGUCCCGCAAGCCCCCGCGCAGGAUCGACGUCGCCUGCAUCACCUUCGACCUGUACAAGACCCACCCAAAGGACCUGGGCUGCCUCAACGUCAAAGCCACCCUGUAUGGCACCUACAGCAUGUCCUACGACCUGCGCUGCUACGGGGCCCGGCGCCUGGUGAAGGAAGCCCUGCGCUGGGGGCUGUUCACCAUGCAGGCCACGGGCCACGUCCUGCUGGGCACCUCGUGCUACAUGCAGCAGCUCCUGGAUGCCACCGAGGAGGAGCAGAAGGAAGAGGAGAAGAGCCCGCUGCCCCUUCAGAACCUCCUGCCCUGCAGCCUCCCCGCCCUGCCCUACAAGAAGAUGUCGCAGUGAGGGUUGGCUGGCCUGGCCUGUCCCCUCUGCUGUCCCCCCAACCUCGGGGGGUCCCAGCACCCCGCUAGGUCAAUGCCUGGGCCGAGGCUGCCGCGGUGCCUGGCACAGCCUCUCCUUGCACUCUGCUGGCUGAGUGUGGCCAAAUCUGCUCUGGAAUAGAUGCUGCUCUGUAAAUAUAUUUAUUUAAGUAAAGUUCUCCCGAAUUCA